ACGUUGACGGGAAUUGUAGUCUGCUGUAUGAUAUUGCGCCGUUGUAUCUCGAACGCCCGUGCCGACGAGUGCAUUACUCCUGCAACAGUCGCCUCGUGUGAGUGUCCGCUUUAAGUUUUUAACUUAGAAGUUUUUUAUUUUCGUGGCCAUCGGCUUAUUUUUAUUUAUUUUUUUUUUCGUUCAAAUAUAUUCGUAUUAUAGUUCUCGUCGCGUAUCGUCUCCGACCGCGUUUGUUAUUCUUUUUUUAUCUCUGUACGGUUAAAUAGUUUUUUUUUUUUUUUACUCAAAGUGUUUAACGUAGCUCAGCGUGUUGCACAGUAUAAUGGCCCGAUACAACGUGGAUAAGAGAAACCGAAUAACUCUGGACCUCUCGUGUCAGAAUUUCAACAUCUGCUGCCGAAAAAAUCAAAGUUGAUGCCAUUACAUCAAAAAAUUAGCGACGUUCGUCAUGAUGUUUAUGUGUCGCGGUGACUUGUCGCGCAGUAGUGUUGUUGGUCCCAGCGACUCAAAAUUCGGUUACUGCGAUCUUCGCGUCUUGCAAGACAGAGUAUACCAUUUUCGUGUAAACAGAUAUUGGCGACUUGUCGCAGCUGUCGUCGCGACAUAUCGCGCCUGGGAAACUUUGCCUUUACUAUUGUUUUACCCUCGUAUCAAAGUGGAUAUCAUACGAUAUGUUCAAGGUGAGGACUGUAUCGCUGGGGAGAAUUUUAACGUUUUCGACAGCCGUCUUAUACCUCGGUUAUCUUUGGUACAAGCGCAAGAGAACUUUGUCACAUCGCCAGAGUGACAAGAAGAGAUCAAGUUCUGUAACUUCAGAACUGAUUAAAAUUGAUGAUCAAGAAUUGUUUCAGGCAUUAGAAGUAUCUUGCCCAACAGAGGAGUUUCAAAUUAUUGAAAAAGAACCUAUUGAGAAUUUAGCUAUUCGUGAAGAGAGUAUGGAGCCAACCAUUAGUGAAAUAGCAAGUAAAGAAGUAGAAUCAUUUAUAGAUAGUCCAAGUGUAAAUGAAAUGGAUACAAAAUAUAUAAAAAUAUCAAAUGAACAGCUUGAAUCUAAAAUCAUUAGUAAAAUAGUAGAUUCAUUAACUGAAGACUUAAAUAAUUUAAAAUUAAGUGAUAAAGUUAAUUCAGAAAAUAAAUUAAAUAUUGAAAAAUUAAAUGUCAUUAACCUGGAAGAAGAAGCAACUAUAUUAAAAGAAAAUUUGAGUGAAGAAAAGUGUUCUGAUAAUAAAGCUUGCUGGACUGAAAUGGUUGAUAAUGGAGAUAACUGUGAAUGUCCUAAAGCAAUUAAUAUUAAAAAAGUGAAAAAAGAUGAAGAACCAAUGUUAUUUGAGGGAAUUAAAUUCAAAGGUAAAAAGAAAAAAAGCCGAAAGAAGAAUCAGCCAAAAGAUAUUAUUAAACUUCCUACUGAAUCGCACAUUAAAAAUACAGCAAAUAAUAUAGUAAAAUUGACCAAGAAGAAAAAUCAAGUAAUAGAAGAAGAUUGUGACUCAGCACUUAGUGUAGAUCAUAGUAUUGAUACUAAUGAUGCACCAAAUACAAUUUAUUCAGAUAUUAGAAGUGAAGGUUCUCAAGAUAGUGGCAAAGGAGGUAGUUCAUUUUCUGGAGAUAUACGCACAGUAUCAGAUUCUGACGAGCAAACAAAUUAUGACUUUCUAGUUCCAAUUGACUUAGUGGGACCAAUUAUUGGUAAAAAAGGAGCAUUUGUUAAAUAUAUUAAAGAGAAAAGCAAUGUUAGACUUUUUGUUGAAAACAAAACUGAAAAUCCAGAGGAUAAAUAUAAAAUGUGUACAUUAGUUGGAUCUGAAAGAAAUAUUAAUAAAGCGCUCAAGUUAAUUAGAGUUAAGUUCCCUGAAAAAACUUAUCCAGAGUUUACAUUGGAGUGCAUUACUCAAUUGAUGGAUAGUUCACCUGUUAUUUCUCAACUUUUUAAGUCGGAAUUAAUUGAAGGUGUAAAUAAUCAUGUUAUUAUCACUGAUGUAGUGGCAACCCAUCAUUUCUUUGUUCAUAAUGUAUCAAGUCCAGAUUAUGCAUUACUUUCGUCCUUGAACUUAGCUAUGAAUGAAACAUAUAGCAAUAGUAAAGAAAAUAUACCAGAAGUUGAUUUACGCACAGUUACUCACGGUUCUGUAGUGGCUACUUACAGCGAAGAUAACUGGUAUCGUGCACAAGUGAUUGAUGUAGAUGAAAAUAAAUAUGAAUCUGCUAAUGUAUUCUUUUUAGAUUACGGUGGUUGUAAAAAAAUUGAACAAUGUGAUAUGAGGCCAAUGCAUGACUCUUUAAUAUUUUUAAGUUUUCAAGCAAUCGAAUGUAGUUUAGCUAAUAUUGCUCCAAUUGAUGGAGAGUGGUGUGAAGAAUCCUUCAAAAUGUUUGAAACUCUAACUUCUGGCAAAAUGUUGUUUGCCCAAGUCGUUUACAAGUCUGAUGGUGUACAAUUUGUUAAUUUGCUAGCAUUUGAUGGAUUAAUGACCUUGUCUGUCAACGAUGAACUUAUCAAGUACGGAUUUGCUGUUUACGCACCCCCUAGUGGUAUUUACCGUAGUGAAACAACAGAAAUUUAAAAUAACUAAUACCUGCACUUGCUAAGGUUAUAUUCUCAUUUGUUUUAAAAGUUGUCUUUGUAUUUUCCUGACUGUUAUUGCGUUAAUUGGUAUUUUUUUUCAUUCAUGAUUAAAAAAUGUAUUUUUGAUUUGAAACCUGUUGGGUACCUAACACUUUUAAGUGCACUCAUUUUUCUACACAAAUUGGUAUUUUUUUUUUAUUA